AUGUUCUUUAAAUUUACAAAAAAAAAGACAAUUAAUGUUGAAAAAGACAAGGAAAACGAUGAAGAAUUUACUGAUUUUGAUAAUAUGAAUUACUUUAACUGGAUUUAUCAUCUUAUAAAGAUGUCUCCAUCUGAUUUGUUGUUAUUUUAUAAUGAAAAAGUGGAAUUGGUGGAUUGGGAUAGGAAGGCUAGGACACUGGCACAACCAUUGGGCCAUGGGUUAACUAUUUUAACAUUCAUCGUAAGAUUUCUUCAAGACAAUUUGAUAAAACCUAAUUAUAUGAAUAUAUAUGAUACUUAUACUGUAGAGACAUUAUUCGAUUUUACCAAGUCAGACACUUUAAGGAAAUAUAAUCUAUUACCACAGGUCUCCAGUAUUAACAAUGACUAUAACAUGAAUAAUAGUGAUAAGUCAGGAAAUCAGUUUUAUAUUAAAUUAGAAAAGUAUAAAUCCAACAAUAAUUGGUACUAUAAUAGUUUAAAGUGCCUUGAUUAUUUCCUUUUCUUAUUACUUAUUUUCAUUGUCAUUAUAAACAUAUUCAUAAGUAUUUAUUUUUUAUUGGGACAUUAUAGAUAUUAUUCCCUAUUUUACACUCCAAAAGUAUCCACUAAUUCGCCAGAUGUUCUUAGAAGACCUUUAAAGACUUUAAUUGAUAAUGAGAACAAAUUUUCACCCAAAAUAACACCUCUUAGUAUGGUCAAAAAUUGCAUCAUUAAAAUAUUCAACAGAAAAUAUAGAGCCAAAAAUUCAACUGAUUCAUUAUCAGAUAAAGAUUACUAUUAUGAGAUUAGGAAAUGGGUUCCUACCAAAUUUAUCACCAACCUUUUCAUGACCUUUUCACCCAUUUCUUUGAUUUUUAUUUGUCUUUCACCAGUAUCAUUUUCUACACUAUUUGCUAUUUUGAUAAACCAAUAUUUGUUUCAAUUGAUUUUAAAUAAAUAUCAGAAUAGGAAUAAAGUUGAUACAAUCCUAUUUAGUGCUGUUUUAGAUGAAUAUUAUAUGAAAAGAGUUAAACCAGUGGUAUCAAAGAAGUAUCAAGAUGUUCAAAUCGAUGCUACACCAAAUGGUUCUGGCUUUAUUAAAUUUUAUCCAUUUUCUGUAGUAAGAAAUAAUGACAUAUUCAAAACUCACACAUUGACUGGUGAUUUAAUACGGGAACGAUAUAAUAAAAAUAUAAACGAAUUUGAAGAAAUUAAAGAUAAUAUAAGAGGUCAUAAUGUGGUAACAUAUAAACCUGUGAAUUUACAAAAUGCACAUUGA